GUACUCGAUGCAGGAGAUGUACGACGUGGUGGCCAACGUGGAGGACUACAAGAACUUCGUGCCCUGGUGCAAGAAGUCGGUGGUGGUGUCCAAGCGCGCGGGGCACGUCAAGGCCCAGCUGGAGGUCGGCUUCCCGCCCGUGCUGGAGCGCUACACCUCCAUCGUCACCCUCGUCCGCCCGCACCUCGUCAAGAUCUCGUUCGAGUUCCGCUCGCUGCUGCACUCCCAGUUGGCCACGGUUUUCUUCGACGAGGUGGUCAAGCAGAUGGUGGCCGCCUUCGAGCGCCGGGCGGCCAAGAGCUUCGGGCCCGAGACGCGGAUCCCGCGGGAGCUGAUGUUCCACGAGGUUCACCAG